AUGACGAGAUAUGGUGUGCAGCCUAUGUCGCAUAAUCCAGAAGUUACACCGACAUCACCUCUGGCCAGUCCUGGUCAAGAGCUGCAAGGCUUUAUGCUUCACCUGAAUCUCAUACAAAAUCAAGCAGAAUCAUGGCUGUUCGAUUCAGCGCGUGAGCAUUGGGGUGCGACUUGUAAGCACGCUGAUUCCAGAGGUCUGAAAUUGUCGUUGAUCCUGCCUCACAGCAGCCUAGAAGCAGAGUUGGGAAGCUUGUCAACACUUGGAAUGGCACGCACAAUUCGAAGGUUUGUUGCUCCUGUUGUGAUACAUCUUGAAUCCGACAAGUAUCCUUGCUUCAACAGCACUAAUCUCGAGUAUCAGUACGCGAUCAACUCUUUCAACCCUCUGGUUCUUGCCAACUACGCGCAGUUUCUUUUUGUCGUCCGGCGUGACAACAACAGGUAUGUGGGUUUUCCUGAUUUUUAUGUCAGAGCUGAGGAUUAUUUCCACUGGGCUAUGCCAGCGGAUCCCCUAGAUUCGACCUUUCUCGGGCGCUUCGCUAGUUUUUUAUGGCUAAGGCGGGGAAAUCGAUCCGCAGACAAGCGAGGGUUCAAGGCCGCCAUAGCAGCCGAUCCAGACAACUCUUUCCCUGCAAGUAACUACGCAAAUUUCCUAUGGCAGUUUGGCGAGGAGGGUACAUCUGAAUCCUUGGCUUCAUGAUCCCAUUCGCGACAGCUGCAACCCGCGCCGAUGUAGGGCUCAAUGUAUAAGUUCCUGAAGUGAAGUGUGAUUUCCUGACGUUCCUGAAGUGUGAGUUGUAGACAUGGAUAAUUUUUCUUAGUGUACAUUUUUUAUAUUUUGAGAGAAAGCUAUUGAUUGCAAGUUGUAAGAUCAGAGUAACACCAUCCCAGAACUGCAGCGCUUCUGCACCAAGAGUUUUUAGUUGACGGUGUUCUAGCUUGUGAAUCUUAGCAUAUAGCAAGAGCUGCAAAUUGUCUGCGAGCCUUUGGCGUAGAGGAAGACGGUGGUUAAGUCGUAGUUGGUACAUUUACCAAACAGGUGGGAUGAAAAUGUACAUUGUACCUUGUAAAUUACACGAUGAGUGCUAUUGAAGAUCCCCCGGGGCCCCAAGAAUUUCUUACAUCUUGGUUAUUCUCCGCUUCAUCUGCAUUGGUGUUGAAGAAAA